AAGAAUUCACCAUAGUGGCACUUUUUGCAUGAGUAGUAGUACGGAUCUUAGGUAUGCUGUAGGCGAAGUACAUGAUGGGGAUAUUGAAUAUCAUCAUGUGACUUUGUCGUACUUAGAGGAGAGGGUAAAAAGCCUCGGGUAUAUGCAUUUUAAGGACAUAUAUUACAAAGAUCCUUAUGUGGAAAAAUUUGGUGAAGCAGUAAAGGUUAUAAAUAAUAUUUUAGAUUUGCUUGAAGGUGGCACUGUUCUACAAGAACCAGUUGAUGAAGGUAGAAUGGACAUUGGGGAAGGUUGUGUGACACAAAAUUCACAUCCAGCCCCAAAUGGUCAUGAAGCUCCAGAAACAGUAGCUGAAGGUGAUGCUGAUGAAACAGAUGCACUGCAUGAAGGUGAUGCAGCCCAACAAGAAGAUCUACAGAACAAUGAUCAUGAUGAUGAGGAGUUGCUUGAUAUUGUGAAUAAUGAUGCAAAUGAUGAGGAUAGUGGGGAAGGCUAUGUGACACAAAAUUCACAACCAGCCCCAAAUGUUCAUGAAGCUCCAGAAACAACAGCUGAAGAUGAUGAGGAGGUGCUUGAAUCUAUUCGCAAUAAAAAGAAACAUAAAGCUAGUGCAAGUGCAAGAAAAAAUGCAAAUGGUGCUGGACCAAGCGGCACAGUCCAUGACUCCCCUACCACAGUUAAUGAAGAGGGUGAAAGGGUUCCAAUAGGAAUUGAUGACCAUGGAGAUUUGGGUUCUGAUUCUAGCUUUGAAAAUAGUGAAGAUGAAUUUGAGGUUUCUAGUGAUGAUUUAGGUGAGUACAAUGUUGCAGAUGAACAUGAACUUGAAGAAGAAGAAGAAGAUGUAAGAACUACUAGAACUAGUGAGUUAUGGUUUAAUCCUUCAUGGAAUACUAUUUGGUUUGAGGUAGGGAUGAGGUUUGAGCAUGUAGCACAGUUUAAGGAGGCUAUAGCUAAAUACCAAAUUCAAAAAGGCUGUAAGUUGAAACCUGCUAAAAGUGACCCUACCAAGCAGAGAAUUCACUAUGUUGGUCAACAGUGCAAUUGGAGUAUCUUUGCCAGUUUUGAUAAAAAAGACAAGACUUUAAAGGGAGCAUCAGCAAGCACUCACCAGCCAAUACCAAGAAAACCUCCAACUUGUGGAUAUUGUAAGCAGCCUGGUCACACCAGGACAACAUGCACUGCUAGAUAUUUUGUUGAUGAAAAUCAAGGUUUGCAAGGGAAGACUGCUAUGAGACAUACCGAUCCUAGCCAAUUUCAUAAGGCACAGCCACCUCAGAAAUCAGCCAAGAAGAAGGGAUCAAGUCAAGCUUGAGGAAUGGUUCUUUUUUUUUUUUUUUUUGGUUUGAUGCAUGGGAGUAAAGAACUUUGGUUUAAGGUUGCAAAAGGUGUUUUCUGUAGAUAAUAUGUAAAUGCAGUAAAUGCAUGGAAACAAA